AUAUAUAUGUCAGUGACUUGAACCAAGAAGGCGAAAGAGAAGGGAAGAGAUCAGCCGAGAGAGCUUGAUCCAGAAUAGAACGGUGCUUUCUGUCUUUCUGUGUUCUUGAUCUAAUACAACGUUCCUUUACACUGCACUGUACAGUUUACAGUAUUCUUUUAUCACGAGGACUGAUUUAUAUCAUUUAGUUCUUAAGGAUUUGAUUGAGACAAUUUAUAUAUAGCACUAUUAACCAGGACAUAGUCUUUAAACCACUAAGAAGUUAUGUACUUGGAUCUGUGUAAUUCUUCAAUCAGAAUCUACUCAACCUUGAGGUAGAUUAUCCGACCCGACAGUGUUCAGUUUUCUCUCUCUCUCUCUCUCUCUCUCUCUCUCUUAGUAUUGAUCUGUCUGUCUAUUGGAAAUGUCUUCUCUUAGAGUCUCAGUUGCAGCUAAUAGUUUUUUAUGGGACUCUUUCAGAUAAAAGCUAUUAUAGGUCCGCCUCGCUCAUAGAAACCAAAACACACCCCAAAUAUCAAAGAAUUUAUUUUUGCUUUCAUUUUAGUGUAAAGUGCAAGGCCAUUAAAAGACACCAACAAACUGACAUUAAGAAGACAAUCAUGCUGAGGUUCUUCAGUGGAGCUUAUGGUGCUCUAAUGAUGCGAAUAUAAAAUGUGAAUUAUGAUUCUCUCUAUGCAGGCUAAGAUCUGAUGCAAACACUCUCUCACAGACCAUUAACACGCACUGUGUGACUACACUGAUGUCAAAGUCUGUGUGAUCUGGAACUUGACAGGAAAUACUUUUUAUUCUCUUUACUUUAUAGUCUUUCUCCCUGUCCCCAUUUCUCACGUUCGGCUUUUUUAUCGAACCGGGCAAGCAAAAACAGUGUCAUUUAUUUGGUCCAAAAAUGAACGGAGCAGUGGUCGGAGAUAAACAAGGAACUGUAACAGAAAAGAGAGGACCUGUUUGCGAUUUAUUUGAAAGAGACACUUGGAGAGACCUAAAGAGAACCUAAAGCCUGUUCGAUUUGGAGCGAAACGGUUAGACGAGUGGAAAAUGGAACUUGUCCCCAAAACUAAAUACACCCCCUUCAGGAGUGACUCGUUCAGUUCUACAGACGAGGCAGCCUCUAAUCCUUCUCUCCCUUCCUCAGCUCCCCUCACCCCUCUUACUCCUCCGAGCAUUGCUUCAUCUCUGUCUUCCUCAUCGCUCGCCCCCAUCCUGCCCCCGACGUCCCCUCGGCCAGCUGAGAACAGCCCCACUACGCUGUGCUCCUUCUUUCCCAGGAUGGGCUCCCUGCGACUGGGCAUGUCUGCCACCCUUCUCCCCGGCCUGAAGGCUUCCAGCAGGCCCCAGGAGACACCCAGCACCUCCUCCUCUUCCUCUGCUUCUACUCCUCCUCCUCCUCCUCCUCCUCCUCCUACUCUCCUUCCUCUAAUGGCUCCUUCUCCUCCUCCUCGUCCCCCACAGGACAUGAACCGGCUGGGUGGCGCGUCGCGGAGGGCCCGUGUGGAAGGGGGCCAGCUCGGGGGCGACGAGUGGACGCGCCAUGGCUCCUUCGUCAACAAGCCUACGCGAGGUUGGCUGCAUUCGGAUAAUGUGGUCAGCACCACCGGUGUCAGCUACACCGUUCGGUACAUGGGUUGCGUGGAGGUGCUGCAGUCAAUGAGGGCACUGGACUUCAACACCAGAACUCAGGUUACCAGGGAGGCAAUCUCAGUGGUGUGUGAGGCAGUACCAGGUGCCAAAGGAGCUCAACGCAGGAGGAAGCCUACAUCCCGGUGUCUGACCUCUAUCCUAGGAAAGAGUAACCUCCGGUUUGCUGGAAUGACAAUCAACCUCACUGUGUCAACGAACAGCUUGAACCUACAGACAACCGACUGCAAACAGAUUAUCGCCAACCAUCACAUGCAGUCCAUCUCUUUUGCAUCGGGAGGAGAUCCAGACACGGCAGAAUAUGUAGCCUACGUAGCCAAAGACCCUGUCAACCAGAGGGCGUGCCACAUCCUGGAGUGUUCUGAGGGCUUGGCCCAGGAAGUGAUCAGCACCAUUGGACAGGCCUUUGAGCUGCGUUUCAAGCAGUAUCUGAAGAACCCCCCUAAACUUGUCACCCCACACGACAGGAUGGCUCCUUUUGAUGGCUCAGCAUGGGAGGAGGAAGAAGAGGACUUUGCACCUCCCCAAGACGUUCCGUACUAUAAUAACUUUCCUGGGAAACAGCCACCCCCAGGAGGCCUGGUGGACAUGAGAACUCGUCCUGGACACAGCACAGGAGCCACACUACCCUAUGGCCAGCCUGGAGUAAAUGACAUCCAUAAGCAUCCUCUACCUCCACUACCAGUGGGAGCAAAAGAAGGUGGCCUGUUUGAUGACCCCUCGUAUGUCAAUGUGGAUAAAUCCCGCCCUCAAGUGGCCUCUGCUAAUGGCAGUGCUCACAGAGAUGCUUUCGACAUGAAGCCCUUUGAUGAUGCCCUCAGCGUGUCAGGCUCAGUGCCUCCUCUGGCUCAGCAGCUGCAGAGUGAGCCCUGGUUUCACGGUUCCCUGAGCCGCAAGAAGGCAGAGAAGCUGCUGAGCAAAGACGGCGACUUUCUUGUGCGUGAGUCAGGUACCACACCAGGCCAGUACGUGCUCACAGGCCAGCAAGGAGGCCAACCCAAACACCUGCUGCUGGUGGAUCCGGAGGGAGUGGUUCGUACCAAAGACCAUCGCUUUGAAAGCGUCAGUCACCUGAUCAGUUAUCACAUGGACAACCGGCUGCCAAUCGUAUCUGCCGGAAGUGAGGUGUGCCUGCAGCAACCAGUGGAACGCAGAGCCUAAGUGUCACACACACUUAUACACACACACACACACUGUUCUUCUUCUGCCAUGGUGUCUCCUUCCUUCUCAAUCUCUUGUAAUUAGACUUUUCCAGAGAUUGUCUCACUUUUUUUGCAGAGAGGAUGAGCAACAACAAGAAAAAAAUAGUAACAAAAGUAAGCUCUGUCCAUCCAUAAUGAAGCUUGGAAGUGAUGCGAUCAUUGGACUCAUGGACCAAGAGAAUUUCACAGCCUACAGAUUAAGCUGUAAGAAUAAAAGCGAGACUCCAAUGGGGAAAACGAGCCAAAAAAAGAAAAUCCAACAGACUGGUGUAGGAUAGGUAUUGGUGUAAUGUGAUGUCGCGUCCCCUACAAAAUGGCAUGUAUGAGUUAAGCGUGAGAUGUCUGGGCAUUCAAGGGUUCAGCUGAAAUAACCCUCAGUAACACUCCAAAGGUCAUCCACUGCCGAAGAGAAGUGAAGUGAAUCAGAGACUCGAAAGACUGGUAUUUUGGUUUCGUUCGUUCAUUCAUUCUCAGAGCUCUGGUUUAUAAAGCCAGCAGAAUCACUGCGUACAGACCAACACGUAGCUAGCCAUUAAUUCUGAUGCUGAUGUCAUGAAGUAGAUAUAAAUUACAGUAGUGGGAACUCAUUCAGCCACUCUUUUUGGUAGAUUCAUUAGAAUUAACAUAUUCUUCAGAAUAAACAGGAUACUACUUGGAAAUCAUCCCUAGUGGUUCCUAUAAAUCUCCCAUUCACCAUUUGGGAGUGUUUCAAAGCCACAUAUCAUUCUAUAUGCAAAGAGGAAUAGAUUAUAUACUGUAGAUUAUACAUAUGAUGAAGUUUUGUUUUUGGGUUGUUUUUUUUUUUUUUUUUUUUUUUUUUUUUUUUUUUUUUUUUUAUAAUAAAAGAGAGAGAUAUUUACUUUCGUUGAAACGAUGAACCCAGCAAGGAGCAGAGAUGGGGAUCAAAAGAAACACAGCACACAUCUAGAACCCUACAGUCUGGACAGAAUGGACUUGAUGAAAGAGACCAAGAGUGAGAGACUGUAUACAGAGUUGCUCCAAGCUCAUCAGGACUCAAAAAAGGGGAGAUGAAUUCAGUCCUCGCCGUAACGCAUAUCCUGUUGUGGUGAUGUCAUCUUGGAGAGCACCUGUAUCAUGAACUUUGUCCUUUUUUUUUUUUUUUUUAGCUGUAUAUUUCACUUUUAUCCAUGUUCGCCUUGACAAUCUAUCUCCGUGUGUACUCGAGUUGAAGUUUAAAAAUGAUGAGACUCAAAAGGAGUGAGGAGACAUAAAAGUAAAAUAAUUAUAAUAAUAAUAAUAAUAAUAAUAAUAAUUAAAAAAAAAAACAGAUAGCGAUGCUAAAAUGAAUCCAAAUAUGACACCCUGUUGCAUAUGAUGCACAUUUCUGAACUAGAGUAACAUUCAUUUCAUAUGAAAUGUGUUAUCAUCACUGCCCUAUAAUCAAGGAACAAACACACUCCAUCAUUUCCUGUUUUUAUGUUCCUAUUAGAAUUGUGCCUUUUCACUCGAGAAAGCCACCAAAUUAGGAUGCAGUCGAAGUAAAGAUGAAAACUCAAGAACUUCAUUGGCGUUCCGAGUUUAUAACGUUUUCUUCCCGGAAUUCCUACACAAGUGUGUUUCAGUUUGAUCCAGGUUUUAGUUGAUGGUAAUCUUAGUUGUUUCCUUGCACAUUCUCUUAAUCCUGCUGGUAAAUAGUGCUCAUGUGUUCGUGCUGUGCUGUGACUUAAUGAAAACUUCUAGAUAUUGUUUCAUGAUGUUUCUUGCUUGUGAUAUAGUUUUCUUACCAGCUUCAUAAACUGUACAUAGAUAUCACAUAUCACAAUGUUUAUAAUUCUUGUAAGCUCAUCCAAGACCCAGACUGGAUAAAGCCAGACCGCCUUGUUAUGAAUGUCAGCGUUGAUUUGAAGAAGCAAGAAACCAAUUAAAAAUGAUUUUUUUACUUCUUUCUUAUAGAUUUACUAAAGCAUAUAUUCACUGCAGGGUUUGAGUUUAUCACCAAAUGUACCACUCAAGUGCAAAGAAUUCUGUAAUUGGAAACAUGAUAUCAUCAUAAUUAGUUAAUUAGGAGUGGAUCUGUAUUAGACACAGUGGGUAAUAUUAGAGUAUUGGCAUUGAUGUGUAGGGCAGGCAGAUUCUUGUCUGUGGCUCAGUUUGAUGUCUUAAAUUAUUUGACUUCUUCACUCAACACUUGUGUGUCAAAAAAAAGUGACUGGUGCAGUGCCAAGUGCGGUCUACCCAGGGGUGUGGGUGCCUCACAGACUCCACACUGUUGCAUGGAAACCCUCUGCAGUCUUUGUGUUAUAGUUACAGUGGUUUAUUUCUUCUUCUUUUUUUUUUCUUCUUCAUGCGUGUGUUCACCUUAUGACUGAUAGUGGUUUGUUUUUUUUGUUUUGUUUUUUGCAUUUUCUUGGCCAAAGGUUUAUUUUGCCUUACCAGCACAAGACUUUUUUUUUUAUGUUGCCUUUUCUUUUUGAUUUAUUUUAAUAUGCCUUUAAUGUUCUUUUUUUUUUUUGGCAUACAUGUUUACAUGUGUAUCUUGAACUAUAGAUUGCAUAUAUAAAUGCAUUAUCAAUACA